GCACCUGUUGCUAACCUUGCGUUUUCCUGUCUUGCUAACACACUUUCUCCCCUUUCACCUCUGAAAAACUCUCUAGUACCCUAUCACGCUCUUGAUCAAAACUUCUACCAUGCCAUUUUCAUCGUCCUUGUUCACACAGCAGCACAUAACUGUGUGUGUUCAUCCCGCUUCGUUGACGAACACACCCAAGGCGGCUGAUCCUUAUAUCCCUUUAUUCAAGAAUACCGGUUUUGAGAGCCGUCGGAGAUGUCUGGUGGGGAAAUCGCUCUGCCGUAGGUGAUUGGGGAUCAUCGGAAGAUGAAGGCUGGCUAGAUACGUUCUCUUUGCAUGUUG